CAGAUUUGUUUUCUAUGCGUUUAAGUUUACUAAAUAGACUACAUGAGUAGGUUAGUAAUACUUGAGAAUUAUGGAAAAAGUAAUAAAGAUAAAAGUUGACCAUCUCGAGUUUAUGCAAAUUUAACAUUAAACGCAGCUAAUCCUUGGCAGUGCUUCGAAACUUACCGGAAACUCACUGGAGCUCAUUCGAAGUUCGCUCUAAAGUACAACCAGAGUUGUCCGAAAUGUAUAAUGCUCUCAUCGAACGAAAAAGACGACUUUAUCUCUCUGCUUUUUUUCUUAUUGAAUGCCUAAUAAAUGCCUCGUCCAAGCAUUAGGAUUCCGGUAUUUAGCCGGCCAUCAUCAUGUUGCGGGCUGUCAGGCCCAAUCGACCGACACGUCCUUCUUGCUAUCGUAUCGUUUUUCGCACUUUUCUGGGUAGCCUGUCAGGGAUGGUGGCCCAUGUGGACUUCCCUAGCGACCAUGCUCCUUCUUCUAGGGAUCGUUCAUGGACACUGCCACCGAAAAAGACUCCGUUCACGUUUUUUCCUCGUCUGGGGCCUUCUUUCUUAUUUUCAACUUUUGCUUCUCUUACAACUUGCUGUCGUUCCCCAACUAAAGGUGCUAUUUUCAGAGAACAUGGCUUUGACGGUUUUGGUAUUGGCGGCCCUCUACUGCGCGUAUCGAACUCGUACUGAUCCUGGAGUGCUCAAUCCUCAUCGAAAUGAGGAUAAGGAGGAGGUGAAGAUCGUAAUCGAGGACAGGGUGAGUGCUGUUCGUGAGGGCCGCUGUGCUAUCUGUCUUGUUCCAAUGCCUCCGCGCACUUCGCACUGCCUCCUUUGUGGUGUGUGCAUCCAACGCAGGGACCACCACUGUAUCUGGCUAGAUACCUGCAUCGGGGUUAACAAUCAUCGAUAUUUUAUUCUUGGCUUAAUUACUCUUGCGAUGGGGCUGUUCUACGGUGCGAAUUUAACACUGACGUCUCUUUGUCAGCCGAUGAUGUUCUGGGGCAUGUUCCUUGUACCCCGAACGUGUCCUGGCGUUUUUGGCGAUUGGCUAACGGCGUGGGUUUUCACUAGCGCUGUGUACAGCGUCUUAGUCGCCUGCCUCGUAUCAAUCGUGCUCCUGCAACAGUUGAUUAUGGUUGCGUGUAACACGACAGUGUAUGAGAUUCGUAAAUACCAACAGUUUAACGGAAGUAUACGACCAGGAUCGAUAUGGAAUAACUGUCUUAACUUUUGGAUUAAAUGAGCAACGAGCAAUUUUGCGUUAUUAUGUAGCGAAUUAUUAAUGUUACAGCAAUUCCGUUAAUUGGCUAUUACCCGGGGUUUUGGUACUGUAAGGUAGCAGCUCUUUUGAUAAAAGAUUGUGCAUGCUAAGCAAGAUGUAGACCUGAGACCCAUCUCAAUGAAGGAGUUGCAAUGUUCUGCUUAUGCCGUGUCAAUAUUCUAUUAGGCGUAAAGGAAGGGAAAAUGAGAUAUCCUCUGACGGAAUAACUCAAUCCCAAUACGAACGAACCUCGACAAGGGAUCUUAGAUGCGGUGUAACGAUAAUUAUUGUCACUUCGGUCACGCAUCGUGGCCCCUUGAUGCGCAUUGGCAGCGCAGCCAUCGAGUUCAGGCUGUACGAAGCUCACUUACUUUCCUUUGUAAACUUUUAUGUAACCUUAAAACGAUGGCAGUUAAUCCUGGUGUAAAGUACACUGAGUUUUUUUAUCCAUCAGAAACAAUUUAUCUUCUUAAAUUAUUGUUUCUAAACGAUCUGUUUUAACAUUUAAUAUUCAAAAUCACUUAGUGUUCUAUUCCAAACAUUGGCUGUGUAGUCUAUCGGAUAAUAAUCUAUUCAAACCUGUGAUGCAUUUCUACAAUAUAACCUGUGUACACACUUUUAAAACUACCGAUUUUAUAUGACUUUGCAGUUGUUCGUCUAUGUAGAAUCAUACUGUGUUUCAAGAUUCACUGAUAAAAACCUUCACUCGUUUUUCACACGACACUACGUGUUUUUACAAGUUUCAGCAUUGUAGAUGACCAUCGGAUAGUAGUAACUAAGAGUCUGAAAUCAUAUUAUAGAGGUAUUUCAUUGUAAUUGUAUGUGCGGUCUUAUGGCAAUGACUGGUUCAUCUGUGCUAAAAGGCUGUGCGCUUUUAAUGCUAGUUCUCUUUGGCUGGUAUUUAACUGAUUACUAUGAAAAUAUCAAGCGCAUAUCUCACGCAGUUAAUGUUUCCGUCAUUUGGUUCCGCCUGCUGCACCUUACUAAGGCCAACAACAUUCCAGAGAACUUUGUAGUGAAAGGCAAACCAUUGUUCACGUUAACGUGCUUUUGCGAUUUCUUCUCUUUUCGACCGCUCUAUUUCCGACCGGAUAUCAGCUUUACAACUCAGGAGGAAUCUUUGCGUUAACCGGAAGACAUACGCUGAUUGUGAUCUAUUUGCUCAUAACAGAAGUUUGGGAAGGAUAUUGCCGUAAUGACCCUCGAGGUUUACAACUAUAAAGUACUAGAUUUUACUCGCGUAUGCAUAUAGAGUUGCGUAGCCAGCUUAUUCCUUAUAAGUCGAUUCACUAGCUCAUCACGGAUAGUAAGCGUAAGUUCAAAGAAAGUGAAGAAUCGGAUUCAUUCGUUCAUUCUUGAGCGGCUGUAUUCGAGGAAACGACUGGGGAUGCCUCAACCAAGAAAGUGAAAAAAAAAGAGUACAUUUUAUAUUGAACAGGCGAUGAGCACUGCUGGAAGCCUAAUUAAGUACUAUUUAUUAUUUUACAUCUAACGAUAUAAAUUGAAAUAACAAACAUCUACAAAUAUUCGAAGAAGAACAGGCUUUUAGUAUUUGGGCGACCCCGUUCAUUUAAAUCAUUGGUUCGGUUCGGUGAAGAUUUCGCGAAGCACAAAACUUUACUCUGAUUAUUUAUGCAAAUGACAAUAUGGUGAUUAAAUUGCACGAAAUACAAGAUCAACCUUAGUUCAUGCUGUCGUCACCUGUCAGUUGUAUAAUUGAUAUAUAUAUAUACAUAUAGUAAAUACGAGAAUUGCUUGGCAAAUGCUAGCACCAACGAAAGACAGGAAAGGGAGGUAAACAAAUACAAAUUAUAUAGUUGCCUAAUACUAAGAAAAAUAACGGUAUAUAUAUAUAUAUUGUAUUGAAGGUUAAGGUCACUAUCACGGCGUGGAACUGUGGUCGUAACGAGGAUCUGAGAUGUAUGUACACACAGACUAUUAAGUGAAUACAAUCUUUGAAAAUGCAUUAAUGUCACCAAAAAUAUUUCGCAGAUGUUUAAAUUAGAAGGUCAUACAAACACCCAACCCGUCGUUGAAACAUUACCAGAACUCAGUGAACUGAAAUCCAGCUUUACUAUCAACUACGAAUCUUCAAGAUGAUAUAAUACAUGUAGCACGUGAACCGCUAAUAAGCCGCGAUCAUAAUCUUACUAUGACUGUAUGAAUCACCUAAAACAAUAUAUGUAAUUAUUAAUUAAACAGGAAAAUCUUCUUGCUGACGUUGUAAACAUUCCGAACCAAAUACCUUUGACGAUACCGGCUAAUAUUGAAAAAUAGGCACUCGGACUAGCCAAUUAUUGUAGGAAGUCAUUUUAAGCAGAACACAAACAAACAUAUGGUAAGGAAGAUUUGAGCCUAUCGAGCAUGUAAAUACCUCAACCGUUCGAAUGCUUGAAAAGAUAUCCUGAUCUCUAUAAGGAUAAAUUAAAAUUUGGCGCCCUAUAUCUACAAUUGACAAUUCCACAACGAAAAUGACUUCUAUCAAGGCAGUCUAACGGUGUUUAUACAAAUACAUUAUCCAUGAAUAUCCAUCAAAAGUCAGGUAUGUCCUUUAUGUUCGUGCUUUAUUAAUACAACACGUGGCUUGAGCUUUUGGAGGAGGUACCUUGGUGAGCGAAAUUUUCAUAUAAUGUGUAGCCUUGAAGUUGCCAUGAUCGGGUGUAGUAUACAGUAACUACUGCAAUCAGUAUAUUGUACAAAAUGUAUAAGAUCAUUUCAGACAACGGUUAACAAAAACACUACUUUAAAUGUUUGAGUAUGUACAAAAGACGUUUACGAUUGAGUGAAUUCAUUUAUUAUUAGGCGAACCGGUCGCACGGAAUCGAACUUGAUUAGCUGAAGGAUCGUUAAAAAUCAUCUGUCAUUACAAAUCGGAUAACUAAUUAUCCAUCAUUAGAUUGUAAACAUGACAUUUUUAACGUAGUACUGGGAAUCAUUCUAGCUCGCCCCUAAAAAGACUGUGCGCGCUCUCAAAUAAUCACACGGAUCAAGAAUUUGAAAACAGCGCGUCCUACACGCCAAACAAAAACGAGCCGCUCCAUCUAUAUUCAUACUUCUAUACUAUCUCGCGUCAAUAAAAUGCUGCACCGUUGUAUCUACUUUGUUCACACCGAUUUUACUCAGUUUUCCAAUGCAUAUUGUAACAAUUGUUUAAUUCUUUGGCUUUUUAAAUUACACGCGUGAACUUGAUGUAAUUUGUUCGUCACAUUUGAGUUCAUUGUACAUCGUACUUCGACUCAAUGAAACAAUAUUGGGUCGCCAUCUUGUUUUUGACAGAUACAACCCUAUAUUGUAUUAUAAUUCAAAAUAACCAGAAUUCUUAUUGGAAGCCCUAAACACUCCUUUGCCCGCCUUGAGGUGGUCAACAGAGCUGCUCUUAUUGGAUGCGUUUUUUUGUUUAACUGUCGCAUGCGAUUGUUUUUUGUUACGAGUAGACGCCUAUUUCCCUCGUUUGUCCUUUUAGAGCUCCUAUUCCUGGAACAUUCAAUUCGAAAGAAGCGCCUUCUCUGAAAAUGUGUCUUCUGAGGUUAUAGAGUAUCACAUUUUCGUUUUUGUGUAGUUUAAAUAGCUUUUGGGUAAUAUAUUUCUAUAAAAAAAAGUACUAGACAAACUGUAUAUUCAGAUCAAAAUGGAAUAUGUGUGAUCCGUAUAUAUGUGGGUGUGUAGGUUUAUCACGUUAAUAUUUUUAACAUGUAGCCUACUUGAUAAAUAGGGCCUAUAUUUAUACACAACAUCCAUACAGUAUUUACGCACAGCAAUCAUUUGGUGCUAACACCUCUGAAUAGGAUUAUGAAGACUUAUUCGUAUUGAACAACAUAGGCGGAUACAAAAUAAUAGAGGACAGAUGAAAAUUAUUAGAAAAACAGACAUUAAAAGAAGAGCAGGGGACUAGCGAAACAAGUCAAUAGACUUCGAAAGGGAAAAAGCACCAUCGAAUCUACCGUAUACACUUUAUCCAAAGUCGACGACUAGAGAUAUAUACUUUAUAUUGUAGCAGAAGCAUACGUAAAACAACUAUGACGGACCGAGUAAACAGUGUGUGUGUUCUCAGAAAUGUCACCCAACCCAUCGAACCCAUCGCAGACCAUAAGAAAAUGACGGUCGCUGAUCUUAGUGAAUAAACGGUAUUAGUGACA